GUAAGGCUUCUGAUUAUUUAUAUGAUUAUAUAGAGUCCUGUACAUAUUAAGAAUUAUUAUUAAAUAUGAGGUUUAUAUUGCAAACCAUUAAAAUAUUGUUAAGUUAUAAAUCCAACAGUUGACAAAUGUCGUCAAUAGAUGUCACAGGCUAACAAAAUUACAUCGCGGUAGCGUUGUGUGUAAAAAUUUGUAUAAGAAGUCCAAAGUAAUUAUGAAUAAAUCAAGAACCAAACGCAUCAAUGUAAAAUUGGCAGAUUAAAGCAAAGUGUGAACAAAGUUAGCCUGUUUAAUUUAUAUGUCUGACACCCAAAAGGUCAGAAGCGGGAUAAAUAAGGCUCUAGAAAACUAACCUUACUACGCCCACGGAUCGGUAAAACUUACGCUCAUCAUCUGUGACGUGGAGGACGACACUAGCCGAGGAGAAGGGUCUGGUGCUCGGCUAGUAAGAGGAAGUGGCUUAAUGAUAAAAGGAGCCCAUGUGCUUAGUCGAGGGGAAGGACUAACACAUAGGGAAUGACCAAGGAGCAUCCGAGGCUGAGGAUGUAGGUCACAUGUGCUUAGUCGAGGGGAAGGGCUAACACAUGGGAGUGACCAAGGAGCAUCCAAGGCUGAGGGUGUAGGUCAACAGGGAAGGAUUGGGAGGAUGAGCUCGCGGAUAGAGCAAGGAGCAUCCGAGGUUAGGAUGUAGGGUCCAUGUGCUUAGUCGAGGGGAAGGACUAACACAUGGGAGUGACCAAGGAGCAUCCGAGGUUAAGGAUGUAGGUCAACAGGAAAGGAUUAGGAGGAUGUGCUCGAGGAUAGAGCAUGGAGCAUCCGAGGUUGAGGAUGUAGGGCGACAGGAAAGAAUUAGAAGGAGGAGCUCGAGCAUAGAGCAAUAUGUAACAUUUGAUAAAAUGGACAAGGACACGAUGAUUCGAAGAGAACGGUUGCGUGGAAAGCGAUCGAGUGAACGACGAUCGCGUAAGCAGCGGUCGAGCAGGCAACAAUCAAGCGGCUCUGAUGACAGGGACGAAUACGAAAGAAGGAGAUGGAAAACAAGGACAAGGACAGGACAGAGGAGACGGCAUGUGUCUUCCUCUUCAGGAUCUGAUAUGGGGUCACCGCAGCUUCCGCGCAAGGUUGAGCGUGGUAAGGAGGACGACGGUUCAGAUACAAAGGUAUUAGUAGAUAAAUUCUUGAAUAUUCUUGACAAAAUAAAAGGUUCAGAUAAGCCCAAACUUACGUUCAACACAAAUGUUAUCCCCGAAUUUGACCCAAUGGCAAAGGAACAAACUAUCCUUACUUGGCUGACGAAAGUGGAAGAAUGAGCUCACAUAUAUGGGUGGGAAGACAGGGAAAUUAUCCACUAUUCCUUGCCCAAGCUUUCUGGUGUCGCUAAAACUUGGUAUCAGGGCUUAUCUAGCCUAUUAGUUUACAUGGACUGAGUGGAAACAAAAACUUAUAGAAUCUUUUCCCCAAAGCGAGAACUAUGCUGAGUUAUUGCAUAAAAUGUUAGCAAAAACAGUUAGAUACGGUGAGUCGUUUGAACAUUACUAUCAUGCGAAAAUGAACUUGUUAAAUCGUUGCAAAAUUUAUGGCAAGGAAGUGGUAGACUGU